CGAACCGAGAGCGACGGGGGGGGACAUUCGGCGGUCCAAAGAUGGUGGCUGUUUUGAACGACUCCGAUAGCGAGGACGAGCUGCCGCCGGGAUGGGAGGAGAGGACGACAUUAGACGGGAACGUCUAUUACGUCAACCACUACACGAAGGGCACGCAGUGGACGCAUCCCAGGACCGGCCGGAAGAAGAUCGUCAACGGAGAUUUACCACCUGGAUGGGAGAAGUGUGUCUCGGACGACGGGAAAGUUCUGUACAUAGACCACACGAAUCGCACGACAACCUACACCGAUCCACGAUUAGCAUUCGCCACCGAAUACAAGGAGAUGUCUCAGGUAUUGCGACAGAGAUUCGACGCGAGUAGCACCGCCCUGGCGGUGUUGCACGGCCGGGAUCUGCGCAACAAAGUCGCCCUCGUUACGGGAGGUAAUGCGGGCAUCGGAUAUGAAACGGCCAGAUCGUUGGCUUUACACGGCUGCGAUGUAGUAUUAGCUUGUCGGGAUGUAGAAAAGGCUAACGAAGCUAUAAGACGUAUUCAACAGGAGAAGGAGACUGCGAGCUGCGUUGCCUUGAAAAUGGACCUGUCGUCACUGAGCAGCGUGCGUGAGGCUGUCGAGGAGUUGAAGCAGAAAUUCAAGUCUCUGCAUAUUCUUAUAUUAAACGCCGGCGUGUUUGGUCUACCACAUCAACUCACGCAGGACGGUUACGAGACGACGUUUCAAGUUAAUCAUCUGUCGCACUUUUACCUGACGCUUCUCUUGAAAGAGAUUAUACAGAGCUCCAACAAUCCCAGGGUCGUAGUGGUCUCCAGCGAAUCGCACCGAUUUUCAACGGUACGAACCGCGGAAGACGUUCACCAGUUAACUCUGUCUCCGCCGGCGUACAAAUACUGGGCGAUGGGAGCGUACAACGAAUCGAAGCUCUGUAAUAUUCUGUUCGCGCAGGAAUUGGCACGGCAAUGGCCCACCGUGAGCGUGUUUUCUUGUCAUCCCGGUAACAUGGUGUCUACGUCCCUAUCGCGUCAUUGGUGGCUCUUCCGAUUGCUGUUCGCUCUAGUACGGCCGUUCACGAAAUCAUUGCAACAAGCAGCGAGCACGACAGUAUUUUGUGCUACCGCACCAGAGUUGGAGGGUGUCACGGGUAGCUACUUCAACAAUUGUUGUCGUUGUCAACCGUCGAACGCCGCGCUAGAUCCUGCAAUAGCCGCGCGAUUGUGGACUCUCAGUCAAGAUAUGAUAACGGAUGUUUUAAAGAGAGAUCAGGCUAAUUAGAGACAAGGGGAAAAAUUAUGUGCUAUACAUAUAAUUUAUUAUACAUGAUACAAUUUGUAUAUUUAUAAAGAAUAAUUGUUAAUAAUAAUA